AUGGCCGCUAUCGGGAAAACCCCUAACUUCAAAGUCGAAGAAGAAGACGGGGCGAAGAAGAAACGUAAGAGAAGUAGAGACAAGAGCAAGAAGAAGAGGGCAGUCACCGAGCAACAACCAGAGUCAGAAGCUGAAGAGAUGAGAGAAGACGACAAUGAACAUGAAGAGAGCGGCGGCGGUGAAGACAGAGAAGAGGUGGUAAAGGAUGAUGAUGAGUUGAAAAAGGAGGUGAAGAAGACCAAGAGUGGUGGGUCUGGGAUUAUGAGUACCGAGUCGUUUUCGUCGUUGCCGAUAUCAGAACCCACUAUGAAUGCUAUCAAAGACAUGAGCUUCCAGUACAUGACCCAGAUCCAAGCCAGGGCAAUUCCACCCCUUUUGGAAGGCAAAGAUGUUCUUGGAGCUGCCAGGACAGGUUCUGGGAAGACCCUUGCUUUCCUUGUACCAGCUGUGGAGUUGUUGCAUCAUAUCCGUUUUACUCCUCGCAAUGGGACUGGUGUUGUUAUCAUUUGCCCAACAAGGGAGCUGGCCAUACAAACGCAUGCUGUUGCCAAGGACCUGCUUAAGUAUCACUCACAGACCCUUGGCUUGGUCAUUGGAGGUUCUGCACGAAGGGGAGAGGCAGAACGCAUUGCAAAAGGAGUAAAUCUAUUAGUAGCCACCCCUGGCCGACUUCUUGACCAUCUUCAAAACACCAAAGGCUUCAUAUAUAAAAAUCUAAAGUGCCUAAUGAUUGAUGAAGCUGACAGGAUAUUGGAAGCAAACUUUGAAGAAGAAAUGAAGCAAAUUAUUAAAAUCCUACCAAAGACGAGGCAAACAGCUCUUUUUUCUGCUACCCAGACUAAGAAGGUUGAGGAUCUUGCCCGCUUAUCAUUUCAGACCACUCCUGUCUACAUUGAUGUGGAUGAUGGUAGGACGAAGGUCACUAAUGAAGGGCUGCAGCAAGGCUAUUGUGUUGUUCCAAGUGCCAAGAGAUUUAUUCUUCUCUAUUCCUUCUUAAAAAGGAAUACGUCAAAGAAAGUUAUGGUUUUCUUCUCUUCGUGUAAUUCAGUUAAAUUUCACUCUGAGCUUCUCAGAUACAUUCAUGUGGAUUGUUUCGAUAUACAUGGAAAGCAAAAGCAGCAGAAACGAACCUCGACAUUUUUUGACUUCUGCAAAGCAGAAAAGGGAAUCUUAUUAUGUACUGAUGUUGCUGCUCGCGGCCUUGAUAUUCCUGCUGUGGAUUGGAUUGUGCAAUAUGAUCCCCCAGAUGAACCAAAGGAAUAUAUUCAUAGAGUUGGACGAACAGCUCGUGGGGAAGGUGCAAAAGGCAAUGCCCUGCUUUUCCUGAUUCCAGAAGAGUUGCAAUUUCUGCGAUAUCUUAAGGCUGCAAAAGUGCCUGUUAAAGAGUACGAAUUUGAUCAAAAAAAGCUGGCAAAUGUGCAAUCUCACCUGGAAAAGUUGGUGACGAACAACUAUUAUUUGAACAAGUCUGCCAAGGAUGCAUAUAGAUCCUAUAUAUUAGCAUAUAAUUCCCACUCUAUGAAGGACAUUUUUAAUGUUCACCGCCUUGAUCUACAGGCCAUUGCUGCUUCAUUCUGUUUUUCUUCUCCUCCAAAGAUCAAUCUAAACAUAGACAGCAGCGCGUCCAAGUUCAGGAAGAAGACCCGUAAAGUUGAAGGAAGCCGCAAUGGAUUCAGUGAGAGCAACCCUUAUGGUAGGAAAGGCGAAGACGAUACGCGGCAGUUUGUAAGAUAUUAG